AUUUUCAUAACUCAAACCUUCUUACCAUCUCAACAACUACUUUCAAACCAAACCAACAAAAAUGGCAGCUUCCACAAUGGCUCUAUCCUCUUCUUUUGUCGGACAAGCGGUGAAAACCGCACCAUCCGGUUCAGAAAUCGUCGGCAAUGGCCGUGUUUCCAUGAGGAAAACCGCGGUCAAGAAGACCGCCCCAUCAGGAAGCCCAUGGUACGGUCCCGACCGUGUUAAGUACCUAGGCCCAUUCUCUGGUGAGGCCCCAUCUUACCUCACUGGAGAAUUCCCAGGUGACUACGGUUGGGACACUGCUGGGCUUUCUGCUGACCCAGAGACUUUCGCUAAGAACCGUGAGCUCGAGGUGAUCCACUCAAGAUGGGCCAUGCUUGGCGCUCUUGGGUGCGUUUUCCCCGAGCUCUUGGCCCGUAACGGUGUCAAGUUCGGCGAAGCUGUAUGGUUCAAGGCCGGAGCCCAAAUCUUUAGCGAAGGUGGUCUUGACUACUUGGGAAACCCAAGUUUGGUCCAUGCACAAAGUAUCCUAGCCAUCUGGGCUACCCAAGUUAUCUUGAUGGGCGCUGUUGAGGGUUACAGAAUUGCUGGUGGGCCUCUUGGUGAGGUUGUUGACCCACUUUACCCUGGUGGUAGCUUUGACCCAUUGGGCCUUGCGGAUGACCCAGAGGCAUUUGCUGAGUUGAAGGUGAAGGAACUCAAGAAUGGAAGACUAGCCAUGUUCUCCAUGUUUGGGUUCUUUGUUCAAGCCAUUGUGACCGGAAAGGGACCAUUGGAGAACUUGGCUGACCACCUUGCUGACCCUGUUGCAAACAAUGCAUGGUCAUAUGCCACCAACUUUGUUCCCGGAAAGUGAGAUUAGAAAUUUGAAUGUUUGUGACAUGAAAUUUGAUUGAUGUCAUACUUGUAUGUGAAUUACUACUAUUAUCAGUAAUAUAUGGUUAAUUUUGAGCA